AUGUCGGAGGAGAGCGCACUUAUCAAGGUUUUCGUGAAAUCGCCGACGCAAAAGUAUGAAGUCGAAAUUGCGCCAGACGCAACGGUGUCAGAUCUCAAAGACAAGGUUUUAGUGCUCGUCCCAACUGCCAACAAGGAGCAAAUAUGUAUUAUUUAUACGGGAAAAAUUCUGAAAGACGAGGAGACUUUGUCGCAUAAUAAAAUCGGGGACGGCCACACCGUCCACCUUGUCAUCCGUAACCAGAAUCGACCAGCGGCCACAUCUUCUCCUGCUCCAGCAGCCACCACCACCGCUCCAUCCGCCACUCCAUCCGCUACUCCAUCCUCAACUGAUGCCCCACCUACGACUCCUCCUCCAAAUCCAUUCGGAUUAUUCGGAGCCUCCGGAGGCGCUGCUCCAACGCCAGCCGAGAUUCUUGCGAAUCCGAAUCUUUUGAGAAAUGUGACGGAGAAUCCGAUUGUUCAGAGUUUGAUGGGAAAUCCGGAAUUCAUGAGAACUAUCAUCUCGUCUAAUCCAACUUUCCAGCAAAUGAUCGAGAGAAACCCGGAACUCGGUCAUAUCAUCAAUGAUCCGAAUAUGAUGCGUCAAACGAUGGAAAUGAUGCGUAAUCCGAAUAUGAUGAAUGAGAUGAUGCGUAAUCACGAUCAGGCUAUUCGCAAUUUGCAGGGUCUCCCCGGCGGUGAGGCAGCUCUCGAACGUCUCUACACCGACGUCCAGGAGCCAUUGAUGAACAGUGCGGCGAGCUCACUCGGCGGAAAUCCGUUCGCCUCUCUCCGUUCUGAUCAACAACAGCCACGUGUCGACAGAGCUGGACAGGAGAAUAAUGAGGCUCUACCGAAUCCAUGGGCUUCCAAUAAUAGUCAAUCAUCGAAUAAUUCGGCGCCGAACAAUAGAUCCAACGAUUUUAGUUCAAUGAUGGAUUCGCCUGGGAUGAGCUCGCUUAUGGAGCAAAUGAUGUCGAAUCCGAGCAUUCAGGCGAGCAUGUUCAGUCCGGAAGUCAUCGAUUCUAUUCGUCAGAAUAUGUCUAGCAAUCCGGCACUCAUUGACUCGAUAAUCGGCUCAAUCCCAUCGGCUCGUGACAAUCCACAAAUAUCGGAAGGAAUUCGCAGAAGUUUUCCCCAAAUGUUGAAUAUGAUGACGGAUCCGUCGGUUCUCGCGGCGAUGAGAAAUCCAGCAGUGGCGGAGGCGUUCCGAAAAAUUCAAGAGGGAUUCAACGUUUUGAGACGAGAAGCACCGCAAUUGUUGAACAUGUUCCAAGCGGGAGGUGCCGCUAGUGGACUCGAUUCGUUGUUCAGUGGAGUUGGAGGAGCAGGAGGUGCUGCUGGAGCUCCAGGAGGUGGAGCCAAUAUCGCCGACUUGUUGAAUGGAUUGAAUAUGGGCGGUGGAGUGGUGAGUUACGACUGA